AGCUGCGCAAGCAGCGUGUUCUGACAACGACACCAUGGUCCGCCGUUGGCGAUGCCGACUUUCGCUCCUCCUCUCCGGUCUGCUGUCCUUAGGCUUUGCUUCUGCUGAAAACUCGUUCGAAAAUACUGCCAUUGUGCGAACUGUAGAGCUCGGAGGAUCGCUCGUGCAAGUGUCUACGACAUACGCAGUGAAAGCGUUGGAGGAUGACGCGAGACUGUAUAAAUUGGCCCUCGGGAAGAGAGAGCAUGAGAGGACAAGCUGGCUAGAGGCGAGGAUCAAGGGUCAGGCUGCCACACUGCCUCUGGAGGAUGCGGGAUAUGACCCUGAGAGUGGUAUAUAUUUCUACUCAGUAGAGCUGCCUACGCCUUUGAAGAUGAACGAGACCGCAAAUGUGGUCGUGGACACUGUUGAGACGCAUGCCACAUAUCCCUGGCCAGAGCAGGCGUCGCAAAAGGACGGUCAAUCGUUGAAGUCUGAGCGAGAGCUGUUUGUCCUUAGCCCGUAUGCAACUGCUGUGGAGAGGAUCAAGUUCAGGUCUCCCUCGCCCACCGUCCAUUCGUACACGGACCCGGGCAAUAUGGACGAGUUCACCAUGGAGGCACCAGUGACAAAGUCGGGUGCUACAAUCACAUAUGGGCCGUACCACAAUGUCCCGGUGACUGCUUCUAAAGAGUUCCUUCAGAACAAGCAGAAGACCGUCGCCGUGCAUUACAGUUACGAGUCUCCAGUCCUUGAGGUUACUGAGUAUCAUCGGGCGGCUGAGAUCAGCCAUUGGGGUGCAAACCUGAAUAUCGAGGACAAGAUCAGUCUGCACAAUGCCGGGCCCAGUCUGAAGGGACACUUCUCGCGGCUUGAAUAUCAAGCUUCGAACUUCUACGGGCGUCCUCCCCCCCAUAUCAUCCCGGGCUUGAGUUUGCAGCUGCCCGCUGGCAUUCAUUCGGCAUACUACUAUGACCUUAUCGGCAAUGUUUCCACAUCCCGACUGCGCACCGCGCUCUCUCCAAUCAAAGGCAUGCAGAGCAAUCAAUUCAGUCUGCUGGAGCUCCGUCCUCGCUAUCCCCUCAUGGGUGGCUGGAACUACAGCUUCACGCUUGGCUGGGACUCCCCAUUGGAGGAUUAUGCGGGGUAUGACCAAACUACCGGCAAUUAUGUGGUCGCCAUCCCUCUCAUGACCGUGUUCCCCGGUGCGGUCGUGGACGAGGCUGAGAUCAAGAUCAUUAUGCCCGAGGGCGCUACGGACGUCGACUUCUUCCCUCCUUUGUCUCCUAUCGAGAGCUACGUCGUGACCCAUGUCACCUAUCUUGACACAGUAGGCCGACCUGCCGUGGUUCUCAAGUACAGACAGCUCACUCCCAGGCACGCUGGCACGAUCUACGUUACGUACAAAGUACCUCUCUCGGCCCACUUGAAGAAGCCAAUGGCCGUUGCAGCUGCGUUCAUGGGACUUUUCGUGCUAGGGUUCGUGAUAAAACGCAUGGAUAUCCGGAUCCAAAAGAAAUAGCCUACCGGUGAUGUUGUAAUCCUUUGAACGGCAUGAUACUAUUUGGUGCUUGCAUAGCACUCCCACUGC